UCUCAGUGUGUGGUUUGACCAUCGAGUAACAAUUUACCAGUUACUCUAAUUAACAUUAUGAAGACAUUCGUGCUCGUAACCGCCUUGGUAGCCUUAGUCCAAGGACGUCCUGAAGCUGGUUAUAGUUACUCAGCACCAGCCCCAAGACCAAUUCCAUCAGGAAGUUAUGGUGCCCCAGGUGGCGGUAGUGGCGGAGGAUUUGGAGGUGGCCAUGGGGGUGGUUCUGGAGGCGGAUUCGGUGGUGGCCACGGAGGUGGUCUUGGAGGAGGAAUCGGUGGUGGAUUAGGAGGUGGAAUUGGAGGUGGAAUCGGCGGUGGUAUUGGAGGAGGAUUUGGCGGCGGUAUUGGUGGAGGAUUCGGAGGCGGAUCCGGUGGUGGAUUCGGUGGUGGAUUUGGAGGCGGUUCCGGUGGUGGAAUCGGUGUCAUCCAAAAACACAUCUACGUACAUGUCCCACCACCAGAGCCAGAAGAAUUCCGUCCACAAAGACCAAUCUCUGUUGCUGCACCACAAAAACACUACAAAAUCAUCUUCAUUAAAGCCCCAACCGCACCAACCCCAACUGUACCACAAAUCCCAGUCCAACCACAAAACGAAGAAAAAACACUUGUAUACGUUUUGGUCAAAAAACCAGAAGAAGCACCAGAAAUCCAAAUCCCAACUGCCGCACCAACACAACCAUCCAAACCAGAAGUAUACUUCAUCCGUUACAAGACCCAAAAAGAAGGUGGCGGUAUUGGAGGUGGCAUUGGCGGUGGAAUCGGCGGUGGAAUCGGUGGAGGAAUCGGCGGUGGAAUCGGUGGUGGAAUUGGCGGUGGAAUUGGAGGUGGAAUCGGCGGUGGAAUCGGCGGAGGAAUCGGAGGUGGAAUUGGUGGAGGACAUGGAGGAAGUGGUGGCUCUAUUGGCGGUGGUCAUGGUGGCAGCACUGGUCCAUCAGGUCCAUCCGGAAGCUAUGGACCACCUGGCCAAAGUGGACCAUACUAAAAAAGAAUGUCAUAAAAGGAAUAUACGGGUUACACGGAAUUUAUCAUUUCAUCCAAAAACAAUUUCCGUGUUAAAAAACAUUACAAAGAUAAUUUCAUGAAAAUAAUGCUGAAAAAUGCUGAAAACAAUUUAAAAUAACUAAUUGUAUAAAGUAGUUUCAUUAUUGUUAUGAAUAUUAUCUAUCGUCUUCAAAGAUACAACAUCAAAGAGAAUCAUCAUUCUAUAAACGCAUGUAUAUUAUAUUUAUCAUCAAACAACACAACAAAGUCAUUAUUCUCAUUGAAAAAACAUGCGCCAUUGAUUAGGAAAUUUUCAUCUUUCUUUCACUUUCACAUUUUGUAAAUAUGUUCUCUUAACUUUACUACCUACUUGCUACUUGCAUUACAGAUGCACACCUGUGUAUGCUGAUUUUAAUCUUCG